UGGCAACUGCUCAGUUUGGCCUUGGGUUUUGAGCAGCUUGAGAGUGCUUUGCGAAAGAAAUGAUUCUUUCCUGUGAUCUAAGGUGCUUUUCUAUUCGAUAAUAAAAACCAUUGGCACUGAGAAAACAGCUGAAACAACUUUUCUAUUGAAUGUAACUGUUGCGCUGGAUGGUGAGGUUUUAAGUUUUUGAUAAUUAUGACAAACUUUUCGCUGAAGUUAAAUUUGUCUGGUUCGUCCAACUUUUGGUAUAAACGCCAAAACUAUUUUACUACAGUCCUCUUGCUGAUUAUCGAUAUAAUUUGAUGUUGGUUUCCCAUGGUUGCAGCAUGUUGUGACGCCAGUUUUAGGAGCCAUAAAUCAAUCAAUAGCUGAAGCAGUAGUAACCAGUGUACGUUCCAAUGUAACGGUUCUUUUGUACCUAAAUGGUACAGUUCACACUCACACAUACAGCACACACACACACAAACAGCCUGCACAAACGAGGAAGAAUCUGUUUUGGUGCAAAACCAGUUUGAUUUUACAGCAACAGUGUACUACAAUCACGUACUGCGUAAAGACAAAAGCGGUGCAGUAUUUUUCAGCUGCUGGCGACAUCAGAUAACAAUUUUCGGGGCGGCGCAUGCGCACAGCCACAGAGACGCCCAACAGUCGAUGCGCAGAUGGUGAAAGGCAAGAGCAAUGAUUGGAAAAGCGAGAUCUAUUAGUCAGCAUGAGGUAUGGGUUAUGGAGGAAGAGGAAGACAGGCAAGGGGACCAGUGUUGCCAACCGAAGGGGUCCUACCUCAUGCAGUCUAUGAAGCAGAUGCCGCGGCAGCUGUGAAGAGACUCCAGGAUGGUGGAUCAACUGCGCACGAGGACACCAGAUGUGAUGCGAGACUUCCUUGCGCCCUUCAGGAUUGUACUGUGAAAGAAAAGAGUUUUGAUAAACCAAAAUGAAUAAAGUGUGAUCAGCUGAGUGUAACGAUACUUCUUAAAACAGGUGCUAACGCUGUGCAGGAAGCAAAGAUCAUUUGUCAAUCUUCAUCUUGCAAGUAAGCAAAUUGGUGAAGUCAUGGAAUUACCAAGAGGAAAUGUUGCUGACAUAGAUGCUCAAGAUGAAGAAGGCAACACAAAAUUACAUAGAGCUGUUAACUCUAACAACGUGGAUUUGGUUCAGGAACUCAUUCAGAUUGGGGCUACAGUCGACGUUCAGAACAAUCAACAACACACACCUUUGCAUCUUGCAACGAUAAAAAGAUAUAUUCCUAUAAUGAAAAUACUUCUUCAAGCUAAUGCUGACAUGUAUAAUAUCAAUUUUAGUGGCAAUAUGGGUGCUCAUCAUGCAGCUUUUAAUGGCAACUGUGAAGUUAUGGCGAUCCUUCUAGAGUCAGGACUUGAUGUGAACUCCCAAAACAAAAAAGGACAUUCAUUGCUUCAUUUGGCAGCCCGUGAAGGUCGCACAGACUUAGUGCAACUCUUGAUCAGUAAAGGUGUGGAAAUCAAUGUUAUCAAUAAAGAUGGAAAAACUCCUCUUCAUCGUGCUGCUUACCUUGGACAUACUAAAAUUGUAACUCUGCUGCUAGAAGCUCAAUCUAAGGUGCAUCAGUCAACAGAUGGCGUGUCCUUCUUACACGAGGCAGCUCUGGGUAACAGGCUUCACACAAUUCAAACUGUUUUCACGGAUUUUCCCCUUACAAUUAGGUCUCUGUCAGUGUAUCUUGCCCGCAGUGCAGCAGACUAUGCUAGUGCUGCUGGUGGCAAUGAUUGUACAUGGUGGUUAAGAAAACAAAUGACUAAAGAUACUGGGAUAUGUGGUCCUUCCACAAGUAGUCUGGAUGACAGCAAGAAAAUAUACGAGAAAAGCGGAUCUAACAUAAUCGAGCGAGCUGGAAUGGAGGGUAAGCGGGAAGCUUCAUGGCUAAAGAAAAGCGCAACUGACGGACAGAUAGAACCGCAUUACAUGGAUGAACAGGGGGACACAAUCCUUCAUGCAGCGGUAAGAGGUGGUAACGGAGAUACGGUGACAUCUCUCAUCGAGGUUGGAGCACUCUUGGUAGCCAGAAACUACCAGAACCAGACGCCAGUAGACAUUGCCAACAGCAUGGGCACAAGAUUGCAGGAUUAUCUGCCCAAGGAGCCAAACACACAGCUAGACAGCAGAAUAGCUUCGCAACUCUACUCAAUACUGCUGAAUAUCAUUGCUGGAACAACUGACCUUGAUGAUCCUGACAGAAGAAUACAAAUAUCUCCUACAGGAAGUGAAAAUAAUCUAGAUAGACUGGUCCAGCAAAACAAAGUACAGAUCACAAUGACAGUGAGUAGAUUGCUGGCCUGGGGAGUACCUCAUGAGCGUCUAGGAAGUUGUGACAGGCCCAUAUUGCCACUGGCCGUUAAAACUAAUAACAGAACUUUGCUGCCAAUGCUCUUGGCCGCUGGAUUUCCACUUACCACAACAGAUUCAGGACUAGGCCUUGUCCAGUUAGCAUGGUUAACUCCGGACAUUACCAUUUGGGUUGGAAUGGUAGUAACAAGGGCUGUCGUCAAUACUCUCAAGUGGGAACAUAAGAUGCUGCUUGAGAUGUUGAAGGAUGAAGCUGUGGAGGGUUCUUGUUUGCUCAACUUGACACAAAGCUUGAACAAUCUGAUACUUGAAGAUUUGUCUGGAGAGAAGCCUUGGGAAGCUCAGUUUAGUUCAGAUACUGCUUCACUGACACAGCUGUACAUAACAGCGUGCAGACACGGUGCUACCUUAACAGCAUGGUACGUCUGGAAGGCAGGCGGAAGCAACUAUGAUAGGGAGCUGCCUUAUGACUGUACAUCUUUAGAGGCAGCUCUGGAUGGAGGACAUUUUUCAACUGCAUUACGCCUAGUCCUAGAUAUGGAUGCUAAUCCUUUCCUCAAGAAUAAAGAGGGAAAACUUCCCGUCGAUUUGUUUCCCGAGAAGUUAUAUCUCCUGGAGGUGAUGUUGGGGAAGGAUUAUCGAGCCCUUGACAAGAUGGCGGAGAAAUUCAAAGAUGAAGAUGAUAAACGAGAGCUUCAGCAAGUCAUCCUUUUACUUGUGGUGCUUUUUCUUCAGUAUACCAUUGUUGGUGUCUCGAUCAGUCCUAACAGAUGGAAAUCCUUCCUUGUCUUAGUGUUAAUGGCAUACAAAAGGAUAGAGAGACAGGAGACUUUGUAUUCAUCCUGUAAGUGGAUGCUUUCUCUCAGCAGUGUUCUUAUAGAUGAGGGAAUUAACGGAAUCAAAUUUGAGAAGCCUAAAAAUGUUGAGUCAAAGAUUUCGCUUAUCAAGAAAGACAUUAGACUUGAUGAAAUUCCACAGAAACUUGAUUUAGACAGCACAGAUGAUUAUUUCUACGUUCUUUUUUCUAUACUGGAAAUUAAUUUUCAUGAAACUGAGAUUCCAAUACCUGAGAACUUCAAUUCUGAUAAAGAUAUAAAUCUUUUGCAACUAAAGGCUUUGAAAGUGUGCUGUGAAAAGCCUUUGCCAUUAUUUUUACAUCUCUUGACAUCACUUACAAGUCCUGAUCUCGAGAGCAUACUGAAUGAAGUUUGCCAAUCUCGACCCCUCCACCAUGCAGCUAAAAGUGGGAAUUCUUCCGCUGUUGCAUAUUUGCUAGAGUGUGGGGCAUCUCCUCUUAGUAAGGAUCGCUCAGACAUUUCGCCCAUUCAGUAUGCUGCUAUGUUUGGUCACAGGGAAACAGAAAACAUCCUCAUCAGGAAUCUGACAACAGACAGUGAAAAGAGCAAACGCAUAAAAUUAGAACAAUCUUUCUCAGAACAUUAUGAGAAGUACCUAAACCACUAUGGCCUCAGUCGUGGUGACACUGGAAAAUCAAGGUAUGUGAAUGUUCAGACAUAUGAGCAAUUGCUUACUAGCCGUUUUGAUCAUAUCCAGAAACAAUUGCUAGAGAAAGGUGUGGAAAAUUUUGCAACAGAAAAUCUUGUCAGUUAUACAGAUGGCGAGGCUCGUGAAAUAAAAGACGCUGUAGCUCAGUUCCUUUACUCAUUGAAUAGACAAAUAUCUUUAAAGAAAUAAGAUGUUUGAAGGAGAUAUAGGAUUUGUCGGGAGUUCUGAAGAUAACGUUCGCUUAUAUUGUCCAGAUGAGUACGACUGUAAUCUGCUUUUGAAGAAAAUCAGUGCAUAUCCAAAUGGAGAGAUGAAAGCUGAACUGAUUGACCUUGAUAAAGCAAAAGCCAUACAAUGUGGCCACAAAAAGUCUUUGAAAGUACAGCCAGUCAGAGAAGAUCUCAAAAGUUUGUUGAAAGGAACCCGUUUUUUAGAUAGCUUUUAUAGAAUUGCCAGGGAAUCUUUAACUAAAAUGGACUUGAAUGGUGACAAGAUGAAGGUAAUAAUGCCAGGAAUUAAGAGAACACAAGUUGGUAUAAAUUUAUCGUUCCUGUGGUUAGGUACCGAAUACCCUAUGCUCUUCAUAGACAUAGAUUUCGUUCCUACUGUGAGAGCCUCAUGGCCAGAGGGUCUUCCAAAACCCAACUGCAGUCUAGACAGGUGUCACCUGGAGGAGGUUUAUUUGAAUAAUGUUGGUGAAGACGAAUGGAGACUAUCUUUUGGUCCUACAGAAACUAAGAUUAUGAGAGGUCUGAGUGUUAACAAGAGAGAUGUGUUUCUGGUUUGCAAGAUGAUCUUGGCUGCUUUCAAAACGGAGAAUUGGGUUCCUGCUGAAAUAAAGAAUCAGUUUAUGUAUUGGGACAGCCGGAUGUUUUCUCUCCACUCAAAAGGAGGCUUUGCCCUAAAGAACUGUUUUUUCCAGGAACUUGAGAGUAUUACUAACGAAGAGGAAUGGACAAAGGAUAAGAUUCUCAAGAGAGUCAAGUCAGUGUUUGAGAGAAUGUGUUUGAUAGAAGAGCAGCGUUCUUUGGUGGGAGGUAUGGAAGUCGAUGGCCAAUACCCAAAACCUGUCAAGGCUUAUUUCGGAGGCGAUACAGAAAAGGCUUCUGAAUAUUUCAUUGCUCCAGAAAUAGUGAGGUUUUUGAGAGAUGUGAAUAAAGAUUAAGAUGAUCUAGGAUUGAACACCUAGUUUAUGACAGGUUUCUCUUUUAACAUUUUUAUUCUUCUUUCCUUUUCAUUAUCCAUCAUAGGAGCAAUUAUUCGAAUAUGGCUUUCUUGACGUCUUUUGGUACUUAAGUGUCUGAGAUAAUAAAGUCCCCACACCAUU